ACGAGUUGGAGUGCCGAGAGAGCAGCCGAGGUCCCGUUGGCCGUGCCUGCACCGGGAGAGGCGUCAUGAAAGCGCGCCAGUUGACCGAGUGCACCUCUGCUCGGACGAAAGCGCGUAUUUGUCGUCGCUAAGGCUACCUUGGCCCUCGAUCGCUUGCUUCCGUGGCAAGGAUUCCACUCGUGGGAUCCUGCUCCUGGCUGUCACGCGUCUCUCUCCGUGUACUCCUGUUCCAGUGCGGGAUCCCGACUCGCUGGCUCGUAGCAGCGGUCAGCGAUAAUCCGGGAUACGACGUAUCCGUGUCGGUCGAAACGAAACGUUCCGUUUACUUCAAUUUCGUUAUUCCUAGCCAGUGUGUACUCGUUUCCAGAGUUUCACCGUUAACAGUGUGGUGCGUGCGACGGAUUGAACACGGAUGUGCUUCGGUUUACGCUUUGACAUCUGCGUAUUCGGUUGGCGAAACAGGGCGACUGGCUCGUGUUCCAUCGGACGACAGAUAUACGUACAUAUGCGAGAUCGAUGUUGAUUUUGCGGUUUCGUCGUUUUUCCUAUGCCGCGUUUCACGUCGAAUCUCGUGCUGCCUUGUUAUUGACAUAUUGAUUCCGCUGCCAGGCUGUGCCGCUGCAAUCCUUCGUGGAUCGAGUCAAAAAGCGACUGGCGAAAAGGAGAGGAGGACAGGAAGGAUUAAUAUAUAUGAAAACUCGUUUCAGUAGGCACGCCUGCACUGGUAUGAGAAUAUAAAACGUUCUUUGCGUCCUGACGUUGAUAACCGCUCUGGUCCGUGGCUCGCGUUUCACCUUGACGUUGAAACAUCCAGAGAACUGGCACGUUUCGCAUCGAGACUGACAACAGCGUGAAAUAACCAAACAUUUCGGCACGCAACAUUUUCCGUUCACCCAACGACCUUUGCACACCUGUACACCCGGAAUCGUUCGCUUUCCUCGUAGUCCGAAACACAAAGGAUCAGGACGACCAAGAAAGGCAACCGAAGGCACUAGUACUAGCUCGGAGAUCGAUUCAAAUUCGUUCGGCGUUCUGUGACGUUGGUUAUUUACAUAAUUCAGCGACUUUAACGCAGGCCGUUUCAGACAGCAUACCAGAAAGAGAACGGGCUCUAAAGAAACAAAAGUAACACGGUACUAUUUUCAUACCCCGUUACCUAUUCCUUUCCAAGAACCUGGCACAUUCCAUUCGUCUCGAAAUUUCUCGGCAACGGUCGAAAACGUGGAAAUAAACAUCCUGUUUUCGCGAAACUGCUCGAUAAAGUAUCCACUAGCCCGAAGAGAAAUAGCGGAAGAAUAAGAAGGAGAAAAGGGACGACGGAAAUCCAUCGAACCGUUCGUUUGUCCCGAGCAAGCAAACUUCCGAGAGUAGAGGAGGUAUCGGGCAAUCUCACGGUUAAUAACGGUGACAUCUCCGAUUUUGUAACGCUCGGUUCGUUACCUUGCCGUUGUCUCGGACGCACCAGAGGGUAGCAUCCCUCCGGGUCGUUAUCCCAUUCCGUGGGUUGGAGGGUUCGGAGCGAUAGGAGGUUAGUCUGGAAGAAGAGGAGGCAGAGGUGAAACCUUAUCUAGCAGCGACUGUUUCGCGUUUCUCCUUGUCGGAGCCGACCGUCGAAUAGAAGAGAUGAUAGUGCACGAGCUCGUUAUCAAACGUUACGUGCCUAUUGUUGACGAGCGCAGUUACUCCUGCCGUACCCGGUAAUUCGAUCUCGGUCGAAACGGCAUGUCAGCCGUGUCGUCGCGGUUCAUCGACUCCCUAUCCUGACAUUCCAUUGGUCGCGAUUGCAGAAAACGGCCAGGAUCCUUCAUUGACCCCGCGUCUUCGAACGGACUAGCCUGUCAUCUUUUACAAUCAUGACGGAAGUAGGAAGCAGAGGCGUGACAAACGAUAGAACGAGAAAAAAGAGGAUCGACGCGUGAUCGGAGUGAAUCGAUGAGCGAUUUUCGGUAGACUCGACAGACACUCGGUUGGCAGAGAGAUCUAUCGCGAAAAGUAGAUCAGUAGGAAGAGAAGGCGACACGUUCGCGACACACGGCGACACGUGGUCAUUGUGUACCGUUUGCGACAUUCCUACCUACAGCGUGUAGAGCGAGCUAUCCGGAACAGCGCAGAGGGGAGCCGAGGGAAAAAGAGGAGUGUUCCGAUUAGCCAAAGUCGGGUCAGCUCGCCGAUGGAUAUGGCAGAUGUCGUUCCUCCUGUUGUUCAUCCACGGUCCCAUCUCGCCUGGCAAGGCUAUCGUCGGCACCGUAGUACCCGUGAAUCGAGCGAACAGGUGUUGUCCCAAGGUGUCCACGCUGGGAUACGUGAUUCCUCGUGAUAGAAGGCACGCGGCUCGCGAACCGAGGCAGUUGUCCACAGUGUCGUCGUCGAUCGAUCGAGAGACCACCGCGCGAGCGUUCCUUGGCUGAGACAGGGGCACUCUUAGUGACCGAAAGUGUUCGCCAGCGUGAUAUCGCUGGGUCUGGUGAAUCAGUCGUCGCUGUAGGAAGUAGGCCAGGAGAGAAGAGAAAGGGAGAGAGAAUAUCGAAACGAGGAAGCAUCGGGCAGGCAGCGGGUGUAGAAGAUAGGAUUGCAUAGUUGUGCUAGCCGUGGACACAUGAUUUCGUUAAGGAUGAAGAGCAUGGACGUGCACUCUCCGCGACCGAUUUCCAGGUUCCGCGGCACCCUUCUUCUGCUUCUGACGCUGCUCGCAGAGGUCACGUAUUCGGCGGAUCUCGCAAUCGAGAUACCAGGAAACUUGAGCCAGGGAGGUUCUUGGUAUCGUUUGGACUACAGCCCCCCUGUUGGUUAUCCACCACCAAAUACCACUAUCGCCGCUACCGACAUCGGUGAUGUGAUCAAGUUCAGGGACGGGCUUCCUGGCACUAGAUAUGAAUUUUGGUUGUACUAUAGUAAUAGCACUCUUCAUGAUUGGCUCACAUGGACUGCGUCCAUAACCACAGCCCCGGAUCCGCCCUCGAACCUCACCGUCUCGGUGCGAAAUGGAAAGACCGCGAUAGUCUAUUGGGCGCCGCCAGCCCAGGGCAAUUAUUCGGGCUUCCGGCUAAGGGUGCAAAGUUUCAGCGACACCGGAAAUCCAAAAACCAGUGUCAUCCCUGCGGACGCGGUGCCCUACGUGCUGCGUGAUCUCAUACCCGGGGCGACAUACUCCCUUCAACUUUUUACCGUAUUAGACACCAAAGAAAGCGUGGCCUACACCAGCAGGAAUUUUACUACCAAACCCAACACACCGGGGAAGUUUAUCGUAUGGUUUAGAAACGAGACGACCUUAUUGGUCCUGUGGCAGCCGCCCUAUCCUGCUGGGAUUUACACCCAUUACAAAGUUAGUAUAGAUCCUGCUGAUGCCAUAGAAUCUGUUCUUUAUGUGGAGAAAGAAGGGGAACCUCCUGGGCCUGCACAGGCUGCUUUCAAAGGCCUCGUCCCUGGCAGGGCGUACAAUAUAUCCGUGCAAACGGUAUCAGAGGACGAGACCUCAACCCCGACAACGGCUCAGUAUCGAACGGUGCCAUUACGUCCCCUGAACGUUACCUUCGACAAGUCUUCGAUAACGUCCACUUCCUUUCGCGUCUUCUGGAAUCCUCCCGAAGGAAUGUCUGAAUUCGAUAAGUAUCAAAUAUCUUUGGGGGGUAACAGAAGACUGGCGCCGGUUACCAGGAAUAAAGACGACGAGAGCAAAUUGGAAUUCAAGGACUUGGAGCCAGGGAAAACUUACCAGGUGGUUGUGAAGACAGUCUCAGGCAAGGUCACCAGUUGGCCGGCUAAUGGGGAUGUUACUCUAAAACCAUUAUCUGUACGCGAUCUUCGCGCUGUCAUUGACGAGAAAACCGGAAUGGUGGAAGUUUCCUGGCACCCUGAAAAUUCGAGUACACAGGAUAGCUAUAAGCUUCAGUAUCACGAAGUGGAAACUACGAUUGGCGGUGACAGCAACAUGUUGACAACUGAUAAGACCAAGGUCACGUUGGAAGCGUUACUACCAGGCAGAAAUUAUUCGAUAAUCGUCCAGGCGAUUAGCAACAAAGUUGAAUCAAAUGAGACUGUUCUGUACCAAGUCACACGCCCCUCGAGUCCAAUAAUCGAGGAUCUGAAACCGACAGAAAUGGGAUUAAACAUCUCAUGGAAGAGCGACGUUAACUCGAGGCAGGAGAAAUUCGAAGUAACGCAUAACAGGAACGAUACAGGGGAAAGCGCAACCACGUUAACCACGGAAUCUCAUAUCGUCCUCGAGGACCUUUAUCCUGGCGCAGCUUAUGAAGUUAAAGUUUUCGCCAUUAGCCAUGGCCUAAGGAGCGAACCGCACGAUUACCUCCAAGCUGUUUUGCCCCACCCACCAAAGAAUUUAAGUAUCGAGAAAGUGACGAGCAACACCGUCGUUGUCCAUUGGGAGGCCCCAACGGACUCGUUAUAUUCCGAAUUUUCGAUACGAUAUCGAACCGAGGACGAUCCGAGAUGGGUAAAAUUGCCCAGUGUUCGAGAGACGGAAGCGGAAGUGGCGGAUAUGACGCCAGGGGAGAAGUACACGAUUCAAGUGAACACCGUGAGUUACGGGGUCGAAAGUCUCUAUCCCCUUCAAGUGAAUCACACAGUUCGGCCCAACCCGGUACUUAACAUCACUCCAAUUAUCGACUCAACGAACGUGACACUAGAAUGGCCUAGACCAGAGGGUAGAAUCGAAAUGUACGUGAUAAGGUGGUGGCCAGUGGAAAAUCCUGAAGACAUACGAACGAAAAAUGUCACUGACGGCAACGAUGUGACCAGUGUCCUCUUCGAAGAGAACGCAGUGCAAAGGGUGCUCGUUAGCGACCUGAUGCCAGGUGUCCAAUACUCCUUCAUUAUCUACACAGUCUCUUAUAAUUUGGUCAGUGAUGUGACCAAUCUAACGACUAGAACAAUGCCGCUGAUGCAAUCGGAAGUGGUUGUGGUCGUCGAUCAAGAUCAGCCUGACUCGUUGACGUUGAGGUACACACGGACCCCAGUCCAGUCGUCCAAGUUCGAUCUGUAUCGCUUCCGGAUUAGCGACGAGAACAACACGACGAAGGAAAGGAUGGUCGACGACAUCGACACCAAGGUGACAUUCACUGGCCUUACACCUGGUAAACUGUACAACGUCACUGUCUGGACUGUCAGCGAUAACGUCGAGAGCAGACCUCUGCUUAGACAGGAUCGACUUUAUCCUGAACCAGUCACCUCCAUCCAGGCGAUAGACAUCAAUGACACGAGGAUCACGUUAACGUGGGACAUCCCACGUGGACAAUACGACGCUUUCGAAGUUCAGUAUAUAAACACGGAGGGAAAUUACAUACAGAACAUCACGUCCGUGCAUUUCAUAACCAUCUCUGACUUGAAGCCACACAGAAAUUAUACUUUCACCCUGGUAGUCCGUUCAGGUACAGAGUCCUCCUAUCUGAGGAUAUCGAAUCCUCUCAGCGCGAGCUUUACGACCAGCGAGUCCUACCCUGGCAAGGUAGAAAAAUUCCAUCCCACGGACAUUCAGCCCAGUGACAUUAGCUUCGAGUGGUCGUUACCUAGUCAGGAACAGAAUGGCAUCAUCAGAAAAUACACUAUUACGUAUGGCUUGGAGGGUUCGACCCACACUCAGAUGCAGGACUUCAGGCCAAACGAGUACCGUGGUGUCAUCAAAUCUCUCAUACCUGGAAAGACGUACAUCUUCCGGAUCCAGGCGCAGACAAAAAUCGGCUUUGGCCCCGAAGCCGUGUGGAAGCAAAAGAUGCCGAUCCUGGCACCACCGAAACCAUCCACCCAAGUAGUGCCAACGGAGGUGUGCAGAAGCAGUACCACGAUUCAAAUACGGUUCAGAAAGAAUUAUUUCAGCGAACAGAAUGGUGCGGUCACGUCUUAUACGAUCAUCGUAGCGGAGGAUGACAGUAAGAACGCUUCGGGAUUGGAAAUGCCCAGUUGGAAGGAUGUCCAGGCUUACAGCAUAUGGCCACCGUAUCAGGUGAUGGAGCCGUAUUAUCCUUUCAAAAAUGGCUCCGUGGAGGAUUUCACGAUCGGCAGUGAGAAUUGCGACAACAAGAACGGAUACUGCAACGGGCCGCUGAAGUCUGGAUCCACCUACAGAGUAAAAGUUCGAGCGUUCACCGCACCGGAUAAAUUCACGGACACCAGUUACAGUUUUCCGAUUCAAACAGGAUUGCUGCUGGCAGAUAAGGACAAUACGGCUAUCAUAGUUGGAGUCAUGGUUCCAAUAGUACUUUUAUUGACUCUAUUGGGUAUUGGGCUGCUGGUCAGACGAAGAAGAAGCCAAGGACGUAAAACAACUGAGACUAGAACCACAGACAACUUGUCUUUACCAGACAGUGUUAUUGAUACCAGUCGACCAAUUAAAAUAGAAGAUUUUUCGGAACACUAUCGUACCAUGUCAGCGGAUUCCGAUUUUCGUUUCUCGGAGGAAUUCGAGGAACUGAAACAUGUUGGAAGAGAUCAGCCCUGCACAGCAGCUGAUUUACCGUGUAAUAGACCGAAGAAUCGUUUCACAAAUAUUUUACCUUACGACCACAGCAGAUUUAAGUUGCAACCUGUAGAUGACGAGGAGGGUUCUGAUUACAUCAACGCCAAUUAUGUUCCCGGUCACAAUUCUCCAAGAGAAUUCAUCGUCACGCAAGGUCCUUUGCACUCGACUCGUGACGAUUUCUGGAGAAUGGUCUGGGAAAGUAACAGCAGAGCAAUAGUGAUGUUAACGAGGUGUAUUGAAAAAGGCAGAGAAAAAUGUGACCACUAUUGGCCCGUGGAUACACAUCCUGUUUAUUACGGAGACAUUUGUGUUACGAUAUUGAACGAGACACAUUACCCUGAUUGGAGUAUCACGGAGUUCAUGCUGUGCAGAGGAGACGUGAAGAGAGUGAUUCAGCACUUCCACUUCACAACGUGGCCCGACUUCGGAGUCCCGAGUCCGCCUCAAACGCUAGCUAGAUUCGUUCGGGCGUUUAGAGAACGCGUGAGGCCAGAUCAGAGGCCGAUUGUCGUCCAUUGUAGCGCAGGAGUAGGUCGCAGUGGAACAUUCAUCACGUUGGACAGAAUACUUCAGCAGAUCUUGGUAUCGAAGUACGUCGACAUCUUUGGAAUAGUCUGGGCAAUGAGAAAGGAACGUGUAUGGAUGGUCCAAACUGAGCAACAGUACAUUUGCAUCCACCAGUGCCUCCUGGCUGUGCUGGAAGGUCAGGACAUGACUGGACCACCACGAGAGAUCCACGACAAUCAGGGAUUCGAAGACGACGAAGGAAUAGCGGAAUCAGGAAUGUGAUGUUCGAACGCCUCGUUUCAUUCAGGGAUCAACGAACACGAGGAUACUUUGGAAGUAUUUUAAAAAGGUGCGGUGCACCGACAAAAAUACUGUCACGAUACGUGCUUGGCACUCUGUCAAAGUAGCGAGAAUGUAUACGAAGGAAAAUCGUCGAUCAAAGUGUUCGAUAUAAGCUCGAGGCUAAGUUCGACGAAGAGGACGACGCGUGACGAUUCCUCAGUCAUGGUACCAGAAGUGUUUCUACGUUCUCUAAACGAAGGACAGAACCGAUUAGUUAGCUCUGUUGCCUAGAGAAGCAUACGUUCAAGUGAUACGUCUUCUUAGUUUUCUUUCUUUAGCGACGACUUGUGAGGAUUCAAGGACCAAGGCUAGACGCGUGGCACGAUGAAUCGUUGAACGUUUCGUGGACGUGGUAGUAAACGAAAUUUGCUCAAGGUCGUCCCGACAACACAAUGCUUGAAGCUUAAACUGUCGACAAUAAUCGCUUGUUUAUGUUGAACUUUCAUCGCGAAAACGUUGAUCGAGUGAAAGCAGGUAUUAGCUAACUGUAGUUUGUCAUAGAUCAAUCGAUCAAUGUGAAAGAACAAGAGAAGCGUUAGUCCUAUCUUUUACGUGGUAGACGAUGUACUAUACCCUCAUCCAAUCAUACUAGACACAUUCAUCCGACGAGACGUGCAGAAAAAUUUCAUUUCCGAAGAGAAAGUGGAAGACCUUUGAGAGAGCAAAGGCUUUGAAAGAGUCACAGGAGCUUUUCCAAAGAAGUAGCCGACGAUUACCGAAGUCGAAUAAGAACACUGAAAGUCGCUCUGACAAACGAUGUUGGAAUUCUAAUUUAAAAUUUAGGAAAACAUCGGAUUGAGGAAAAUUUGACGAAAAUUGCAAGAAAUUCAAUGGAGACCAGCUGUUCGUGUAUCUAUAGCUUUGGAAGUGGAUCGUUUCAUUGGUCAUUACGAAAUACACUAAGAAAGGGAAGCUUCUGAACAUGGAUGGUGUUAUUUUUCAACAAUUACACGUGUAAAUGAUUAUAGACGAAAAUGUAGCGUUUCAGCGACAAGUGUUCGAAAAGAGUGGGGAUGAAAUGAUGUAGCAUCGCAGAGAACCUUUCGUAGGUAACAACAUGCGUUUGAACGUUGGUCUGUCUCAUUGUGUAAAUAUGAAUCGCUGUGUUCAUAUCUUCGAACUGAUCAGGCGGUUUCUGAAACGAUCACCAGAGAGCAUAUUGACGAAACUGACGACAUAUUCCAUUUCGAAGUUUCGUCGAGGGUAUUUCUGCCUCGAUUUCCACGUCGACACGAUCGAUGCUCGCGUUUAGGUACCUAUCGUGAUGUAGAUAAGUACAGAUUGCAUAUCUUAAGGAUUGUAAGAACCGCAUUGGGUUGCCACGUCUCGAUAGAAACGUUUGGUUC